AUGGACAAUAUUAGAGUUGGCGUUCAAGACCUUUUAUGUGAUUAUUCAUCUUCCCUUCAGAGAGAAAUAGAGAGUUUAGCUGAUCCCGUCGACCACAAAGUUUCAUUGGAUGCUAUUCAAAAUAUUUUCAGUUGGAAAUUGCCAGCUGACUAUAUAUUCAGAAGUAUUGACACCCGAACUAAACUUCAAGAUUUUGCAGUGAACUUCAUGAAAUUGUUAGUACCUGAAGAGAUAGACAUGGGUCGAUCUUUGAUUUGGAAAAAAAAACCUACUAUUGAUCUUGUUGAGAAAGUUGAUAAAUUUUAUUACAUGUCAUUUUUACCGGCUCUUCAGAGGUUACUUCAAAACAAACAAGUAAGAGAUUGUGUUGACAAUCCCAAACAAAGUAACAAUGUAAUGAAAUCUGUUCUUGAUGGAAAUUACUUUAAAACCCAUCCAUUUUUCAGUAGAUUUGUUGUAAGUUUAGCUAUUAUUUUAUAUUAUGAUGAAGUUGAAUUCGCAGCAGCUUUGGGUUCAAAGACUCAAAAAUUAGGAAUAUUUUACUGGUCUCUUGCUAACAUUUAUCCGGAGCUUCGCUCAACAUUUCAAGCUAUCAAUCUCUUGGCAAUUGGACAGUACAAACAUAUAAGAAAAUAUGGCAUUGAUAAAAUUUUAGAUAGAUUUGUUUCUGAUAUUAAUAAAUUAAUGACUGAAGGGGUAUCUGUCUUGGUUGAUGGUCAUUUUAAAGUUUAUAAAGGUUCUCUGCUUUUUGUAACUGCUGACACACCAGCUGCAGCACUGGUUGGUGGUUUUAAGAGAUCUGUGUCAGCUUCUAAGCCAUGCCGGAGGUGCAUGGCUAGUCAACUAGAUUACAAAUUGUACUUUAAUGAGGGAAACUUUGUUUUGCGAACAAUGAAUUCUCAUGCUGAUCAUGUGGAAGCCGCAACAGACGCUACCAUGACAAAACAAGCUCGUGCAUUCUGGAGCAAAACAUACGGGGUGAAUAGCAGAAGUAGUUUAAUGGAUAUAGAUGGUUUUAAUAUUUUAUCCUGCUUGGUCCAAGACGGAAUGCAUAUUUUGUCAGAAGAGGUAAUUAAGGUAUGCAUAAGAAAUUUUCUAGGUUAUUGUGUUGAGGAAAAUCUUUUUACAUUAGUUGAAUUUAAUGAAAGAAUAGACCUUUUCAACUAUCAGCACAUGUCGAGAGAUAAACCAAGUCAUAUAUUACCAGACCAUUUAGAGAAUAAUUUACGACAGUCUGCUGCUCAGAUGUUGUGUCUCUGUUAUGUUUUGCCAUUUUUAGUAAAUAAUUUACUGCUGACUGAAGAAGGGGAGGAACAUGAAGGAGCAUAUGAGCGACUUGAUAAUCAUGUGCAACUUCUUCAAAUUGUCAACUGUUGUUUUGCUUUUGAGGUCUCUGAAGAUAGAACCUAUCUUCUGAGUCAUCAAAUUGAAAUUUUUAUUAGGACUUUUGUUGGGUUAUACCCUGAUGCUAUAGUUCCUAAAUUUCAUUUACUCAUACAUUUUCCUAGACAAAUGAGAGACUUUAGACCAGCACGUCAACAGUUUUGUAUGAGAUUCGAAGCUGCACAUUCUUAUUACAAGACCAUAGCGCGUGCUAUUAGAAACUUUAAGAAUUUGCCCUGGUCAUUAGCAAACCGACAAGAGGCUCUCCGCUGCUUUGAACUGUGGCAAAUGCCUGGGAGUCCAAGUCCUCGAUAUUUGUAUUCUGGACAUCAAAUUAAAUGUGGCAAACAAAUUUUAAUUUCACAAACUGAGGUAGCAGAUGCUUUAUUUCGAGUGAUAAGAAAUGUUGACAGGGAGACUGUUAGAGCUAUGUCAUCACCUCAGAUAAUUGUUCACGGGACAACUUACCAACAUGAUUCUGUUAUUUUAGUCUCAUGUGAAGAGGACCAAAUGCCAGUGUUUGCAAAAGUCAAAGAAAUUUUAGUUUACAGGGAGGAAAAUUAUCUUGUUUAUCAAACUUUUGAAACUUUAGAUUACUCAUUCAGGCUGAAUGCUUAUAAUGUAAAACCAUGCUCCACUUUAGAAACUUCAGUAAUAAAUAUUAAGGAUCUUUUAUAUCCUUUUCCAUUGUCAAUUUUUAAUAUCAAGAGUGAAAAAUACAUUGUUUUGUUUUACCAUGAGAGGUCAGAAAAUAUGUUGAUGCAUUACAAUAAAGACUGUUAA